AUGAACAGGCGCCAAAAAAGCAAUGCUGCGUCGACCCCGAAAGCGAAGACAACCGAACCACGGCUUAACAUAGCGCUCGUCUCCGACUUUUUCUGCCCAAACACCGGCGGCGUCGAGACGCACAUCUACUUCCUGGCCAAAUGUUUGCUUGAAAUGGGUCACAAGGUGAUCGUGAUCACGCAUGCGUACGAAGAAAGGCGAGGGAUUCGAUAUCUGUCUAAUGGCUUGAAAGUUUACUACUUGCCCUUUAUCAUCGCCUACAACGGGUGUGCCCUCGGCCAAGUGCUCGCCUCUUUCCCCUGGUUUCGCCACAUUUUUAUCAGCGAGCAGAUCCAGAUUUCAUUUUCUGCAUUGGCCCACGAGGGCAUGUUGCAUGCCGGGAUCUUGGGUAUACGCACCGUAUUCACCGACCACUCGCUGUUCGGGUUUGCGGAUGCUUCGGCGAUACUGGUCAAUUUCUUGCUCAUCACCUAUUCACUUGCCAACGUCGAUCGAUAUAUUUGUGUUUCGUAUACCAGCAAAGAAAACACGGCUCUACGGGCACGCCUGGACCCGCAAAGAGUGUCGACCAUCCCCAACGCGAUCGAGACCAAAUUUUUCUAUCCGGAUCGCAAGCAAUUCUACGAGAACCCGACGACAAUCGUCUUUUUGGGGCGACUGGCAUACCGAAAGGGCGCGGAUCUACUCUGUGAAGUCAUACCAUCAGUGUGUAGCCAGCAUCCAAAUGUUCAAUUUGUCAUCGGCGGCGAUGGGCCGAAACGGGUCGAGCUGGAGGAGAUGCGAGAAAAGUACGGGUUGCACGAACGGGUGAAGAUGCUGGGAAUGUUGCCCCAUAAUAAAGUCCGAGGCGUAUUGGUACAAGGCCAGAUUUUCAUCAACACCUCGCUCACAGAAGCGUUCUGUAUGAGCAUCGUAGAGGCAGCAAGCUGCGGCUUACACGUAGUUUCAACGAAAGUUGGCGGCGUGCCGGAGGUGCUACCGGACGAAUUCGUCUCGCUCGAGCAUCCUGUACCAAAAUUGUUAGCCAAAGCGCUGUGUGAGGCUGUGCGAAUGCGGGAAGCCGGGCAACUGAUGGACCCUGAUGAGAAGCACAAACAAGUACAAAAAAUGUACCAAUGGAAAGAUGUGGCCGAGAGGACAGAAAUUGUUUAUCGCGAAGCGACGAAGGACCAGGUCAACACAUGGACCGAGCGGCUACGCAGAUACAUGAAUCUCGAAAUCUGGUGGGGCUUGAUGUGGUGUUGGGGAAGCCUGAUGUGUUUCUCCGUGGCGUUGUUCAUGGAUUUCUGGGCUCCACGAGAGGUUGGUGAUCAUACCGAAAUUCAUAGUUCACUU